AUGAACUACGGCAAAAAGGACGAGGAUGCCGACACGGGUCUGGUCAAGAUUGACCGGACCCAGGUAUUCCAGGAAGCUCGACUGUUCAACACGUCUCCCAUCCAGCCGCGACGAUGCCGCAUCCUCCUCACCAAGAUCGCCCUGCUGCUCUACACGGGCGAGAGGUUCCCCACAAACGAGGCCACCACGCUCUUCUUCGGCAUCUCGAAGCUCUUCCAGAACAAGGAUGCCAGCCUACGCCAAAUGGUGCAUCUGGUUAUCAAGGAGCUGGCCAGCUCCGCCGAGGACAUCAUCAUGGUCACGAGCACCAUUAUGAAGGACACGGGCGGUAGCACGGAUAUCAUCUACCGUCCCAACGCCAUCCGUGCGCUUUGUCGCAUUAUCGAUGCCACCACAGUCCAGUCUAUUGAGCGUGUCAUGAAGACGGCCAUUGUCGACAAAAACCCAUCAGUGUCGUCUGCUGCGCUCGUCUCGUCGUAUCACCUCCUCCCAAUUGCGAAAGACGUGGUUAGGCGGUGGCAGAGCGAGACUCAGGAGGCGGCGGCAACCACUAAAUCGUCCGGCGGCUUCUCUCUGGGCUUCUCUUCGUCCUCUAGCAACAUCCCAGUCAACAACUCGACCAUGACCCAGUUUCACGCGAUUGGGUUGCUAUACCAGAUGAGGAUGCACGACAGGAUGGCGCUGGUCAAGAUGGUGCAGCAGUUUGGUGUAGCAGGCGCAGUCAAGAACACGGCUGCGCUCGUUAUGCUAGUCCGCCUGGCGGCCCAGCUGGCCGAGGAAGAUCCCCAGCUCAGGAAGCCCAUGGUGCAGCUGCUGGACGGCUGGCUGAGGCAUAAGAGUGAGAUGGUCAGCUUCGAGGCGGCCAAAGCCAUCUGCGAUCUGCGCGACGUCACGGAUGCCGAGGUGACUCAGGCCGUUCACGUCCUCCAGCUCUUUCUGCCAUCCCCUCGCGCUGUCACCAAGUUUGCUGCGCUCCGCAUACUCCAUAACAUCGCCUCAUUUAAGCCGCAUGUUGUUAACGUGUGCAACCCAGAUAUCGAACUCCUCAUCUCCAACAGCAACCGCUCGAUUGCCACCUUCGCCAUCACCACACUGCUCAAGACAGGCAAUGAGGCCAGCGUUGACCGGCUGAUGAAACAGAUCUCUGGCUUCAUGUCGGAGAUUACAGACGAGUUCAAGAUCACCAUUGUUGAGGCGAUUCGGACUCUUUGCCUUAAAUUCCCUAGCAAACAGGCCGGCAUGCUCCAGUUUCUUAGUGGAAUUCUGCGCGACGAGGGUGGCUACGAGUUCAAGCGCGCGGUAGUGGAGAGCAUGUUCGACCUCAUCAAAUUCGUCCCGGAUUCCAAAGAAGACGCUCUUGCUCAUCUUUGCGAGUUCAUCGAGGACUGCGAGUUUACGAAGCUGGCUGUCCGCAUCCUCCAUCUUCUAGGCCUCGAGGGUCCCAAGACCUCUCAGCCCACCAAGUACGUUCGGUAUAUCUACAACCGUGUCGUAUUAGAGAACGCAAUCGUCCGCGCUGCCGCUGUUACUGCUUUGGCCAAGUUUGGCGUUGGCCAAAAAGAUCCAGAGGUAAAGCGCAGCGUUGAGGUCUUGCUCACUCGAUGCCUGGACGAUGUCGACGACGAAGUCCGAGAUCGUGCAGCUCUGAACCUAAGGCUCAUGAAGGAGGAGGAUGAUUUGGCGAACAGAUUUGUCAAGAAUGAUAACAUGUUUAAUUUGCAUUACUUUGAGCAUCAGCUGGUUAUGUAUGUCACAUCGGACGACAAGUCGGCUUUUGCAACGCCAUUUGAUCUUUCCAAGAUACCAGUCGUCACUCGCGAGCAAGCAGACGCCGAAGAUAGGACCAAGAAACUCACGGCUACUACGCCCUCACUUAAGCCGCCAAAGAUAGGCCCGGCCAAACCCGUUCUCACGGGCACCGAAGCUGUUGCCUCUGCCUCGGCGGCGGCCUUGAAGCAUGCGCAGGAGUUGAUGCGCAUCCCCGAGAUGAAGGAGUUCGGCAGUGUUCUCAAAUCGUCCUCGGUUGUCGAACUAACAGAAGCAGAAACUGAGUACGUAGUCUCAGUUGUGAAACAUAUCUUCAAGGAGCAUGUCGUGCUCCAGUACGAGGUCAAGAACACCCUUCCGGCAACAGUCUUGGAGAAUGUCUCUGUUGUGGCUAUCCCGUCGGACGAAGAGGAACUCGAGGAGGUCUUCAUCAUCCAGGCCGAGAAGCUCGAGACAGAUGUGCCGGGCAAGAUUUAUGUAGCAUUCAAGAAGAUCAACGGCGAAGGGUCAUUACCUGUCUGCACCUUCACCAACAUCCUCAAAUUCACCAGCAAAGAAAUCGACCCUACGACCAAUAAACCCGAAGACUCGGGCUACGAAGAUGAGUACGAGGCUACUGAGUUCGACCUGUCUGGGAGCGAUUACGUCAUACCUACUUUCGCCAGCAAUUUUGCCCAUAUCUGGGAGCAGGUGGGCGCUGCAGGAGAAGAGGCGGAGGAGACGUUGCAACUAAGCGGCGUUAAGAGCAUAGCAGAGGCAACGGAACAAUUAGCCAAGACGCUAUCGCUGCAGCCACUGGAAGGAACAGACGUUCCAGUCAACCAGACAACACACACUCUCAAGCUCUUUGGCAAGACAGUCAAUGGGGGAAGGGUAGUGGCGAACGUCCGGAUGGCUCAUUCUUCAAAGUCGGGAGUCACGACCAAGAUCACGGUGAGGAGCGAAGAGGAAGGUGUGGCUGCUCUUGUAGUGGGAUCAGUUGUUUGA